GCUGUUUGGGCUGCGACCGUUGUGAUGUUGGAUCGACAUCGCGCUCAAAAGAACUUUCCAGUUAGUACGAGUUUAGCCACCGCCGAUGAACCAGGUGCCUCCGUCGCGUGUUAGUCGCCACAGUCCCUAGCAAGAGUGAUUCCGCGUGAGUGGGUGUGAUAGGUGGAUGAGAAGGUGUCUCGUGCUAAAAUCCCGUGCCAAACUGAAAGUGGGUGGCAGGUGAGGGUGAAUUCCACAACAUAUCGCAAACGAAAGAGGAGAUUGGAGUGUGUGUGAGUCGGAAUACCUCAAUCUCAGUGCUUCUCAAACUUCUUGCGUGUGCUUUUGGGGAGCCCUUCUGAGGAUUCACAAUCAAUUGACUUACAAGAGGGAUUUAAAUCUCAUCAACGGACUACGUCACGUGCGAUAAUAUCGACAGUGAUAAUUAACCCUCAAACGGCUAAGCGGGACAUCAGAGGCCAUAUUUUUUGAAAGGGCAGAGCGAUAGGUAACAAUUGGGAGGGAAAAGUGAUCCAGGAAGCCCCAACAGAGUCAAUCGCUGGAGACACGCAUUAUGCCUGAAUCAUGGCCGGGAAACCAGCUCUGUACGCCGCCGGCGUAACUUGCCUGGGCUUUGUGUGCUUUGCCAUAGCGGCUACUGCCAUAGGUCUACCAAUUUGGGGCUACUUUGACAACCCCAUCGGCGGCUGGGAGUCCGAUCGUGGCUACUUUGGCCCAUGGCGAGUAUGCAAGCAAUUGACCUACGGCCGGGAAAAAUGCGGCACAGAAGUUUCCCGCUUCAGGCCAACGAGAGCCAUUUACAUUUGUGGCAUCGUGGCCUCGCUCAGUUGCACAUUCCUGGGGCUCUUUUGCAUUUUCUGCAUCAUCCAGAUCGCCAUGAUAUCAUCGCGAGAGAAAGUCGUUAUGAAGUAUAGUGUUUUAGUCGUUUUUAAGCUCAUCUUCUCCAUUUUGGCAGCCAUCCUGGCCAUUGUGGCAGCAGCUCUCUUCGCAAUAGAGACAGACGAAAUGAGGACGGGCUUUAUGAUAACACGAGGUGUCUCCUUUUACUUACAGAUCCUCACGAUCAUCCUUACACUUGGCCUCCUGGGGAUGGCAAUCUACGAUGUGCUGCUGUCGAGACGCUCAGGAGGUGAUCCCACGUUCGUGGCACAUCCGCUGCCCGGCGGCGGAACCACAUUCAACAAUCCAGGCUUCCGGGAGGGCCGACGCACCGGCGGCAUCUCCAUGACGGACGCCUCGGGGAAGCCAUACGGAUCGGGAUCUCAGGGAAGUGCCACGAACGGGAGCAUGCAAUCGAUGAAUACAACACUAACCAGCAUGUCCAACGGCUCCACCGUGGACUCUGUCACACGAUCUCCCCUGCGGAGUAGUCUAAAGAAGCCCAAGCCCAAGGAUGGCCUUGGGAUACAGAAUCCUGGCUUCUCGGGCUCGGGGCAAUCGCCAACAAUGGGACGCAAUGGUAGCAUGAAGAAGGUGCGCAUUCAGACACACAGCACAGAGGUCUAGAACAUUGUGGCUGUGUCCUGCGUCUUCCACGGGAGCAUCAAUGCAGAGAAUUGAGCAGGAUCUCGAGGGAGAGAGAGAGAGACACGAGCGAGACAACUUGUACAUACAAUUCUAUCCUCCUUCAUCUCGAUGCAACACGAUUUAGUGGAUUUUUAGGUGGUUACUUCAUAUCCUCUUUCUCCCGUGCAUCCUGCAACCCUCGAAGAUCUUCGAGGGCCUUAAUUUAGUUUAGACACGAGAUAUUCUUAUUUUUGCUUCUGGGACUUCCUGACCACGCGAAUAUCCCAGAAGAUCCCUGGAAUCUCUAUAAAAUUCCGUCCUUUCUUAGUUGAACUGAGUGCAAACACCUGAAUCUCUCUUUCCCCAAAGCCCCUUUACACCCUCCCCCUGCCCCCUCCUUCCCAAUUAAAAAACUUAAAUCACAAAUUCACGGCAAUGUUCUUGUGAAUUCAACAUUUGUAUUUGUUGCGUAUUUAGUUUUGUAGAACAAUAUAUAAGAGGAAAAAAAAGUAGGAAGAAAAUUUGUAUGAUAGUGGAAGAUAUUAAAAAAAAGAAAAUCUACAAAGGAAAAUGACAUAAAAUGGUUUGAAGUCUGUGAUUUCAUUAUGAAUGAAUGAAGAGUGAAAAAAAAACAAAAUAUAUGAGAUAAAGAAUUCUGUACUAUGUUAUUUCCAUGUCUUCAUAUGUAAUUUGAAAGAAGAGAAACAGAAUUAAAUAAGGAGUAAAAAAAAACACCUAGAACAAA